UGGCGCCCCCUGGUGCCUCGGCCGCGUGUUUCCCGCCUCAUCUCGCCCUCGGCCUCGCGUCCCGGCGAUGGAAGCGGCGGCGCCGGAGGGCGCGGAGCCAGGGAGCGGCUGCGGCGGCGGCGGGGAGGAGCCCGUGGUGUCCCUGGCGGAGGUGCUGGCUGAGAACGAGGAGCUCGAGAAGGAGGCGCGGGCCGUGCUAGGGGGCAGCGACCACGAGCGCUGCAGCUACUCCCAGGGAGCGGUGAAGAGGCAGGCGCUGUACGCUUGCAGCACCUGCACGCCGCCCGGCGGGGAGCCGGCGGGGAUCUGCCUGGCCUGCAGCUACGAGUGCCACGGGACCCACCGCCUCUUCGAGCUCUACACCAAGAGGAACUUCCGCUGUGACUGUGGAAAUAGCAAGUUCAAAAACCUGCAGUGCAAGUUACUGCCAGAAAAGGUCAAGGUGAAUCCAGGAAAUAAGUAUAAUGACAAUUUCUAUGGAUUAUACUGUACAUGUAAAAGACCGUAUCCUGAUCCUGAAGAUGAGAUUCCAGAUGAGAUGAUCCAGUGCAUAGUCUGUGAAGACUGGUUCCAUGGAAGGCAUCUUGGUGCAAUUCCCCCUGAAAGCGGAGACUUCCAUGAAAUGGUAUGCCAAGCCUGCAUGAAUCACUGCCAUUUCCUCUGGGCUUAUGCGUCACAGUUAGCAGUUCCUCCUUUGACCAAAGUGAACUCCCUUGAAGGUGAAGGGCUUUUCCUGAAAGUUAAGGAAAGUGAAGAGCAGAAAAAAGAAGUAAAAAAAGAAAGUGGAGUGGAACAGCAGGAAAUGAAGGAAGAAAAGCAAACGGAACAGUUUAACGAGCCUUCCACUAGCUUUGGGUCUGCCUGUCCAGAGGUGGCUACUAAGAGCGAGGAGCCAGUCUGCAAGCUGAAGGAGCUCCAGAGCAAGCCAUUUCUAAAAAAAGAUAGUGCCACCUUUUGGCCACUGAACUGGAGAAGCAAACUGUGCACCUGUGAAGACUGCUCAAAAAUGUAUUCAGAGCUUGAAGUGCAGUUCCUGACAGAUGAAUGUGAUACUGUCUUGGCUUACGAAAAUAAAGGUACCAGUGACCAGGAAACAGAAAGGAGAGAUCCUUUAAUGGACACCCUUAACAGCAUGAACAGAGUUCAGCAAGUAGAACUCAUCUGUGAAUACAAUGAUUUGAAGACGGAACUGACAGACUAUCUCAGGAGAUUCGCCAAUGAGGGAACGGUGGUUAAAAGAGAAGACAUUCAGCACUUCUUUGAAGAGUUUCAGUCACGGAAAAGACAACGGACUAACAGGAUGCAGUACUACUGUAGUUAGACUGAGAGGGUUCGGGUCUGAAAGGACAACUGGGCAAACAAUAUUCAUUGGCAAACAGCAGCAGCAUCUCCAGUAUUUGACUUCUCAUCAAAAUCCUACUGUCCAGGAAAUGUCUUCAUUUUGUCUCAUACUUCCUUUAUUUGUAGCAAGUAAAGCGUGAUCCUAACAGGUACAUUAUAGCAUUUAUAGGGAUUUCAGAGCCCUGAUGGACUUUGCAUUCCUGUGAAAGCUGACUGUGUCCUUCUAGGGUAGGUGGCUUGUUCCAGGAACAACAUCCCACUGUUCAUUCCCUUCUGCCUUUCACUUGUUUUACUGCUAGUGCCUAUUGCUGUGCAUGGUACUAAACCCUGGUGGUGUCUGCCUGCCCUCCUUCUGUGCAGUGCAGGGCAGAUGCUUUCACUGUGCUUUGCAAGACUGGAGUGCUUUUCUAACAUGCUUUAAAUGGCUCUGUAUCAUCUCUCCAGAUGUAGUAACUCUAUCCAAGUGUCCCUGCACAAAGGAAGUGUCUGUUCACUACGCAGUUCCCUGAAGAGCAGAGAAGGGAACCCUGUUACACCCUAUUACAGCUGCGGGGUGAAAUUGCAUUC